AUUCGGUUAUUGAAUUUUUAUUUGGAAAAUGUUGCGUGCUGCGAAUAAUUUCACGCCCAAUUUUGCAAGAAUGUUUUAAGGUUCAUUAGCAAUCGCAGGAAUUUUCCUACAUUAUUCGAAAGCUUGUGAGAAUAUGCUAGGUUGUUCGUUUGAAUCGCCAAAUAUUUCCUCUCGAUGUGCCUGCUGUAAACAUCCUUACAAAAUUAUAGGAAUACCGUUAUGAAUAUACGUUUAAUGUAAGGCAAAGAAGUGCUUGUUCAUUGGUUGAGUCGGACUGUGCUAUAUUUGUUUGAUUUGACGAAUAUUUAUCUCUGCGUGCUUACGUGUAUAGUACAUACUUUCAAGUUUCGACAAGUUUCUUAGAGCGCCAUUCUUGUACUCUGUUAGAUAUAUAAUCGAAUUCGGGCCUAUCAUAGGAUAUUCAUAUCUGAAAGAGACUAUCACCAUUUUCUGGCGAAGAUUUACUAGGUAAAACUCGACUGAUUUGGAAAAGAUAAAAUUGUAUUCUCAGUUGCAUAUUGACAGACGAGUGCGCGUUACCUCCAAUACCAUCGCAACUCUGGCGCUCUGGGUAAGUAAAGAUACUUUUUAUAUUAAAUUCGACUGUUUCUUAGAUGUAUCCGAAGAAAGUGAAUUCUUUGAAACUGAUUGAAUAAAUGUUGUAUAUAGUUUGUACAUGUAUCUAUAAUACAUUGCCUUCUCGAUAGCGUUGAUUUAGGCUGUUCAUAUAAGCAGGGAUGAAUCGUGUCACAGUCGAAAAUUUCUUCCUGACCAUAAAAGAUCGUUUGUAUAAACUUUAUAAUGACUAAUGUCACUGGAAUUAAACAUUUGAAAUGUCAUUUUGGAUGUUUAUGAAAGCCGUGACAAGAGCUUUAUUAAACGAAUCAUCCUAGUUAACCAGGCCAGCCUGGCUCCAUAUGAACAGCCCCUAGAAGGUAAUAGUGUCGAAUUAGACAGUGUAUUAGAUCUAUCACAAUUAGACAAAAUAAUUUGAAAAAGGUUCCAGGUAUAUUUCCUACAGAUAAUAAUUUCUACUUACGUCUGUAAUAUAUAUUUUUCUGCAAAGACAGUCUGGGCAAAUUGUGGAUCGAUAGUCUAGCCAGGUUAAAUAAAUCAAAUCUGGCGCUAUUCAAGUACAUUCUCAUCAAGGACAUUCAAAACGAUAUUUGAAGCUACUUCCAGCUACAAAGUAGCUUGGAAUGGAUAGGUCAGCGAGCCAUGUGAGGCACCCGAAAUAUUCGAGUCACACAUGGCAGCGAGCCAUGUUCCGCAAAAUAGUUUCUAUUAGAUCAAAUUUAUGUGCGAGCAUUUUAUACUGCAUAUCAUUGACGAUCACUUAAAAGUUUAUACGAUGCUGACAAUAAUAUCAAGGUUUUCUGUUAAAAAUGUUGAAAAUAGUCAUAUUUUCACCAUUAAGCGUCGAUCAUUAACCAAUCAGAUGCAUAACGGUAGUGGAACUGAAUCAAAUCUAAACCUCUCUAGUGUGUUUGGUAGAGACCAAAGUCAAGAACUCAAUAGGCACUAGCCAUUGUGCUUGUGGCACAACAGGUGAACCAAGCUAUUCUGUGACUUCUGUCGCAAUAAAUUGUUGUGUAUAAUUGUGUAGGUGUUAAUUAUAGUUCCUUGGCUGUAUGACUGCAUAUCACAAAAUAUACUUGUUUGGUGUUUGUGGGUUUAAACAUCACGUUUAUUUUAUAUUAGAGACCUUUUGUUUGACGUUUACGGCAAACGUCAAACCGCUAACGAAGUGUUUGAUUUUACAACUUUAUUAUAACAGCUUUUACACCAGUUCUGAAAUAUAUUAAACAUUGAUUAAACUUGUGGUAUUUAGCAAUGAUUUAAUUUAAGAAAGCAAAUUAACCACUACUCACUAGUCAUACAUGUAUUCACCAAAGCAGUAAAUUAAGAAUUCGCGUUUGAAGUUUACGUUUGGCGUAUAAUUUUCAUGCUUUAACGACUACAAGCCCUCGUUGCAGUUCAAGCAUGAAAUUUAUACGCCAAACGUAAACUUCAAACGCGAAAUCUGAAUAGACUGCUUUGGUGAUUGGUGAAUACGUGAGUAGUGGUUAAUUUGCUUUCUUAAAUCCUUGCUAAAUACCAAAGUUUAAUAAUAAAUUGUUUAAUAUAUUUCAAAACUUGAAUGGUGUAAAAGCUGUUAUAAUAAAGUUGUAAAAUCAAACAAUUCGUUAGCGGUAUAAUUAACUAAUUGAUUAAUUAUAAUUAAUUCAUUCAUUAAUUCAUUGAUUAGUGGUUAAAGAUUGACUAAUUAAUUUAUUAAUUACUUUAUCAGUAAUUGUGGACCCAUGCACAGAAGUGUUUCAGAGAAAUACAUCGAUAAUUCACAAUUGAAGGCCAAAGGAAAUCUACACUGAACUAUUAAAAUGUCUGGAAUACCAAGAUCUGGGUUAAAUCGCUAUUAGAACUACUACUACAAGAUGUCAGUAUCUCAAGAGUAUAGGCUUGGCCAGUCACUUGUUUGGAGUAACCAAGAGUUUAGCUUAGCUGACUUUGUCAAACGGUAUGAGCUACCCCAAGUUGUGUUAGUCCUAGGCGGUUAUUGUGGUGAUACUGAACGGACGACUUUCGGUAGAAACCAAGUUCUGACUCUACAUACUUUGCGUACGACCAGUAAAAUAGUAUGCCAGGUUCCUCAUAGUAAUGCAGUGGUGGUUCCUACAAGCUGCCCGCUUAAAGCUGAGGUGAUACCUAUGGACUGUAGGGACACGAAAGUGACCGCUUAUCAAUUGUCUACAACAUACCAGAAAAUCAAAUACGUUCGAGUUAUGGAAGUAGGCUCAACUUGGAAUAAUAAUUCGAUAGAUACUUUAAAAAUCAACGAUAUCCUACAGAUUAAAAAAAUCGACAGCAAAAUAUCCGUGCUACGUUGUAAAAACCUUACAACUGCACAAGAUGUGUCGAUUUAUAUUGAUUCCACUGCCGUAUUUGUGCCAUUGUUGGACUCAAAUACCUACAACUUGGCUGAGAUUCAGAAAAAAUUCGGACUCCCGGCUAAGGUUCGCUUUUUGGAUAAAAGGGCGGAAAUUCAAAUGCGUUCAGUACCUGGAAAGAGAAAGCCUUCGACGUCUUCGACAUAUUUGUCAGAUUUGGGUCAGAUGACAGCCAUUGAAGAAACACAAGAAAGCGACGUAAUUGUUACAACUGUGUGUUCCAACCUUGAAGAAAAGGUAGGUGUAUAUUUAGUGUUUUGUUCAAACUAAACUAACUUAAGGGCCAUUUCUUCAAAGGUCACGGCGAGAUUGUAACAAGAUCAUGGUGCAGUGAUUGCGAGACCGUUGCGAAUUCUUGGCAGGGUCAUGGCAUGAUUUGAAAGACAGUGGUUAAAAAUUGAUCAACCAUAUUGGGAGAAAUGUGUACAAAUAUUUUUACAACACUUAUUGUCGAUUUCAAGCACUGAUUACAUCAGCGAUUUCAAGUCACUUUUCAACGCGCGGUUCCCAAGUUCGUUGCAAACUUGCCAAUUACGUUUCUAAGUUCAAAAAUUGAGCGUGAACUUCGCAACAAGGUUUCCAAGUAACAUUUCAAUGUUUGAACUAUUGCAAACAAAUGUUCAUAGUUCAAAUUGAAAUUAACAAUUUAAUGGAAAGUUCUUGGUCCAGUGGGCUAAAGCAGUGAAUUGGUUAUUAUUAUUGGAUAUGAACAUUUGUUUACAAACGAAGUUCAAACAUUGAAAUGCACUUGCGAACUUUGUUGCGAAGUUUGCGCCUAAUUUCCGAACUCGGAAACGUAAUUGGCAAGUUCGCAACGAACUUGGGACCCGGGCGUUGAAAAGUGAUUUGAAAUGGACAAUAACGAUCUUGGCAAGAAAAUAGUAAGAUUAUGAGAACAACUUCAACCUGGAUUACUAGGAGGAAACCUAAACUAAAUCAACUUUAUUUAUACUUGAUAUCAACAUGUUCUUCCUUUAAAAAAGACUGAAGCAGAACGAAUUAUGCAGUGGCGUAGCCAGAACGAUAAUUAGGCAUAUUCAUAUAUUCGUGUUCACAUACCAUAAAAAAAUUGAUUUCAAAAGAAAUUAAUAAAGCAGAACACGAAUAUAUGAAUAUGCCCCCCCCCCCAAUUAUCGUUCUGGCUACACCACUGGAAUUAUGGCCAUAUAUUUAACCAAAUUUCAACCAUUCUACCAUUUUAAGGUAUGCCUGAAUGUUCCAACGACACUGGACAUCACAAUAACAGUGGCUGAGGGAUUUCUACGGGGAGAUAAAACCUACCAAAGAGUUGUCAAAACCCUAGACAAACAACUCAACCGCACAAAUCUCAAAGCUUUCGACGACUUGGACGUCUACGAACAUAUGAACGCGGUAAAGAAGAGAAUGGAGGAAAUGGUAUUUAUUGAAGAAGCUUCAACGGAAGUCGUGGAACGUGCUCGCGAACAUCUGCAACGUGUUGAACGUAAAAAGUCUAAGAAAUUGUCCUCGUUUGAAAGGCCACCAAAUUAUCUGCCCAGGCAACAAGAGAGUGCAAAGCAAAAGGUAACACGAGGGCAUUCGGAAACUGCAUACCUCCGCCAGAGGUUUAAGUUAUGUACCAUGAAUAAAUUAUAAAAUGAGCUAAUGGACCAUUUGCAUUAUAGACUAAAUUUUGAUCUAGACAAAAAUUUCAGCACAGCUUGAAAGAGCAUCACAAAAUUAGGAAUAUUCCAAAGUUUCGUUGCGAAAUGUUGUAAAAUGCGGAUGAUUAGCCAUGCGAAGUUUGCCGUUUUUCAGUCAUUUUGUAUUACAAACAGGAAAUUGAUGCCCCAACACCCGAUUGGGCUGUCAAUUUCCCGUGCGUAAUACUAAAUAACUGAAAAACGGCAAACUUCGCAUGGCUAUAUUAUCCGCAUUUUACAACAUUUCGCAACGAAACUUUAGAAUAUUACUAAUUUUGUGAUGCUCUUUCAAGCUAUGAUGAAAUUGUUGUCUAGAUCAAAAUUUAGUCUAUAAUGCAAAUGGCCAUUACGAAUUCAGUUUAGUCUGCCUGGCAAAACAGGACAAACGUUUGCCAACUUCUCAUCCAAUUUUCAAUCAAAUUAGCAGACGUUUAAAAUGUUGUCAGUCAAUUUGCUAUUUGAAAUAGUGACCAAACUACAAUUUUGUACACAAUGACCAUUGGUUGUGACGCAAUUCAUACAUAUCCACAGCAAUCCAAGAUGGUGGACAGAUCACUGAUUUACGACUAUUUCAAAGACUAUAAAGAGUGAUUUGAAAAAGCUGUAAAAAGGUUUUCUACAUAUUAUCAAAAAACUCGAUAGUAUUUUUUUAUGCCCAUAACCCUUCAACCAACUAACAACGCAACUACAUUAACUAACCAAAUUAGUGAAAUAUGCGUGAAUUAGUAACUCUUUGUAUAUGUCUAUAUUUAUAUACUGCACAGGGUGUCCCAAAACAUGCCCCCUACUAUAUUUGAUGACAUUAAAACGUUAGUUUUAGUAGAAAUUUCAGAUUUUUGUACGGGAAGAAAUAACUGUCAUAUUAUUUUAAUCAAUUUCUAUUUGACGAAUCAAAACAACCAACCCCUUACGUUCAAGAAUAACUUAAGGUGGCAACACCAAAAUUCUAACUUGUCCAAAUAUGCAAAUUAGAUAAAAUAAUAGGAUUGUUUUAUAAAAUAAAUAAUUCAAAUUAAUUAAUUUCGAUCAAGUUCGUCAUUUGAAAGUUGUACAGUACUAUUCAUGUGUCUGUCUUCACCAUUAUAUUUUACCCUUAUUCGUGCGACUCUUUAUCCAGGUUUUCCCCCUACAAACCAGAAAUUUGAGGGCAUUUUAAUUUUUCUGCCUAUAAAAAGCUACAAACUCAUUGUAAAUAAUUUUUAUAUCAAACAAAAUCUUUAACAUUAGGGACCACAAACCCUGUCAUUAAGAGUAGACAGGUGUGAAUAAGUGAAUUCUCUUUAAACUUCUCCUCUUAAAAGCCUGAAAUACUUUUGACCUAAUUUCUAUAAUUUGGACAAGUUGAAAUAUUGGUGUCGCCCCCAAGGCAAAUAGUUGGAUAAUUAUUUUAAUAGGAUAUGAAUUAAUAGGAUAAUUAUUUUAUCUAGUAUAAAAAUCUGAAAACUUCUAUCAAAGCUGACAUUAAGUUCUUUGUAAGUUUGCAUGGCGAUAAAACAUAUAAUAGUUUUGUUUGUGGGAACACCACGUAAAUUUAUUACUGCAGUAAUAAAUUUACGUGGUGUUUCCACACAAACAAAACUAUUAUAAAGCUGACAUUGCAAUACCACAAAGCAUAGUGGGGGCAUUAUUCAGUAUAUUGUAAAUUGUAGGAAAACUAGUUAAAAAUGUUGUUUCUUAAAGAAAAUUACUUAUAGUACAGUAUAUCAUUUAAACAUCCAAAUUAAUAUCAUACGCGUUCUAUUAUUUAUUUUUACAAGGCGCCUCCUGAACGAUUGUCGAUAGCAGGACAGAAAUCAGAGUCAAAACAAAACAAAACUGACAAGAAAACGCAGAAUAUAAAAUUGAAGUCCCCAUACAGCACUGUGGGAUGGAAACAAAGCGGUAACAAGACUCCCUCAAAUGAAAGCUUCUCAAGAGGGCACAAGUAUGAAAAGCCCACUGAUCGACCAGGGGGAGAUUAUGAAUAUAUUGAUGACAUCUAUGAAGAAACGGAGUCUCAAAACUCAGAUUCUGAGAAUAACUACACACAGUUGGAUACCACAUACACACCAGCAAACCCACAACUUUAUGAAAAAUAUAUAACAGAGGCUCCCAAAGCCAAAGAG